GUUUGAUAUCAUGUCUGGAACCAUGAGCAAAGUUUUACUGAAUGCCCCUUUCACAGAAACAGAAGUACAAGAUGGCAAGCUUGUAUACRUCUUCGACAAGAAGCAACACGCUCAAACUCUUCUUCACAACCUUAUUGUCAUGCAAGACAAUGACGAAGGAAGUCUGACAGAUGUGGUCAUCACCAGUAAAGAGAAUGAGCAGUUUUAUUUCCAUGGACCUAUCCUGGCUGCUUUGAGUAAAAACCUAGAGGAAAAUCUUGUGAAACGAGGUCUUGGCUCUGCAGCCUCUUUCAUCUCCAAAACUGUCAUGGAGGAAAAUUUCAGCUCRGAAGCUAUUCAGUGUCUGUGGGACUAUGCUUACACAUCAGUCGUAACUAUUACUCCGUCCAAUAUGAACGAGGUGAAGGAGCURGCAGAACAUUAUGGUAUCGACAGCUUAAAGAGAGAAUGCAAAGUGCAAGAAGAGGAAAAUUUCAAUGAUGACUGCGAUGGUGUUGAGCUCAAAUUCAAAGAUCUCCCUGAAUUCAUACUAAACGCUUUGUAUGUGCUUCUUAAAGGCAGCAAUAUUUGUUCAACUGCUGUAACAAGUUCUGACCCCUUGGCUAAGAUUCCAUGCCAUUGCGCCAUCCUGGCUGCAGCUACCAGUGAGCUAGCAUGUGGAGACUCUCAUGAAAACCUGCAAGUAAAUGAUGCUACUUUUCAAGCCAUACCUGCUUUCCUGAGGUACCUCUAUACAGCUAGCCUGAUGGUCUGGCCUGGUACGGUACAACAAUUACUAGAAAUGGCAGUAGAGUUUAACCUGCCUGGCAUGGGACAGGCGUGUUGUUGCUGGCUGAAAGAUGCCUUGUCACCUGACAACGUCUUGAGCUUAAUGAGCAUUGCGAAGGCUUGGCAAGUAAAUGUUCAAGAUCAAAGUUCAGGCGUAGGAAGCGAAGAUGGCUUCAUACCAGUGUCCCUGUACGACGCAUUAGAAGAUCUUUAUCAGUCUGCAAGAUCACUUGCCUUGAAGGAUUUCCUYGAUGUUCAAAACAGCGAGGAUUAUUCGGAGAUGUCUUUGGCAGAGUUGCUAGACUUGAUUGUUGAUGACGAUCUUAGCGUGGGUUCAGAGGAAGACGUCUUCUAUGCUGUCAUGAAAUGGGUAGAAUGUGACCCAGAAACACGUGGCGUGGAGCUGCCAAACCUUCUUCAGUCUGUUCGCCUGGAGCACAUGUCGGUUGGAUUCCUCCAUACCAUCAAGGAACAUGACUUGGUGAAAACGAACCCCUAUUGUGUUGAGGUGAUAAAGAAAGCAUUGAGAGAUUUACUUGAACAGGAUUAUCCUGAGGGAGACGUUCAAUUCAGCGAAGGAGCUGAGUAUUUUUUACCCGAUUUUAGUUCUAAACAGUGUGCCCCAGCAAACUACGAACCGAUCUUUAGCAUUCCACAUCCACCCGAGUGUACACCGGAUUUCAACCCAGUUCCUGAAUCCAUUCCGUUUGAUGCAGCGUCGCUACCCGAAUGCUUUGACCAGUCGUACGAUGACGAUGGAAGAACCUUACWAGAAACAACUACACAAGGUCUUCCAAGAAAGCCAGAUAUGAGGCUGAGAAAAAACAGAAACUCUUUCCUUGAAGAAGGGAAAAACCUGGAUGGGACGCCCGACAAAAGACUCAGGGAAAACAAGAGUCAACAUUCUGCAGCCAGAAAACUAGAGUAUCCAACGGAGGAUUUGCCAAGAAGGAAAGAUGGGCAACCCGAUAGAAGAUUUAAAGCAGUGAAGGAGUUGGAAAAUGYUAAUGCACCAUGCAGAAAAGAUGGAAAACCAGACAUGAGAUUUAAAGUCAACAAAACGAUGAAAGCAGUCAAAGAAAAUGGCCAAGAUGCGCUUGCCAAACUGAAGCUGUUGCCUCAAGGACCGACAAGAAAGGAUGGAAAACCAGACAUGAGAUUUAAAGCAAAUCGCUUUCCUACGAAAGGAGUUCUGUGUAAUGGACCAACUAGAAAAGAUGGCCAACCAGAUAUGCGCUAUUCCGCCAACAAACAGAAGGUAGAUAUUGAAUAUCUGACUACAGAACACGACGCGUGUACAAAAGGUCCAAGGAAGAAGGAUGGCAGUCUGGAUAUGCGUUACUCAGAGAACAAAAAGGCUGCAGCUAUAGCUUCUGGACCGUUGAAGAAGGAUGGUACUCCUGACAAGCGAUUUGCUGUUAAUAAACAUCCCAGUGACACAAUAAGCAAGGUGGCACCGGGUCCAGUGAAGAAGAAUGGAGCCCCAGACAUGCGGUUUGCUGCAAACAAGGGAAUUUCUGCCUACGCCUCAUCAGGACCACUGAAGAAAGAUGGAACUCCUGAUAUGAGGUGCCGUGCCAACAGAAACUCGCCUGAUGUAAGUGUCCGUGGUUCAUCAAGUGGAGGGGUAAACGUUUCAUGUGGUCCAUUGAAAAAAGACGGCACUCCAGAUAUGAGGUACAGUGGCAACAAGAGUUCAAAUGCCUCAAGUGUCAGCUCAGGAUGCUCCAGCAUCGGCGGAUCUACUAUGUCUAUGUCGAGUAGUUCGUCUGGAAGCUAUGGCUCUUCUGUUGCAAGUGGUCCAUUGAAGAAAGAUGGCACCCCUGAUAUGAGGUACAGAAGCAAUAAAAGCUCAAGUAGUUCAAGCUUUGGCUCGUUAAGUAGUAGGAGUUCCGGUUGGUCUACUUCGUCGUAUUCAAGUGGUUACUCAGGAWRCUCAAAUGUUUCUACUUCGAGUGGACCGAUGAAAAAGGAUGGUACUCCUGACAUGCGUUACAAGGCGAACCGCCAUUAGAAUACUGUGUUACUGGCACUCCUUGCAUGCGUUACACGGCAAUCCGCCGUUAGGAUAUUGUGUUACUGGCACUCCUUACAUUUGUUACAAGGCAAUCAGCCGUUAGAAUACUGUGUUACUGGCACUCCUUUUACAUGCGUUACAAGGCAAUCCAUCGUUACAAACGCCUCGCCGUACCCUCCCCCUCAGGUCAACACRCGCCRYCGCUAUCGUUUCACCGACCAAUAACAAUCGAGGGGAGGGUACGUGAAGGCGUUUGUAACGACGAUCAUAAUCCGUUGCCCGGCUGAUGGUCGUGAGAACGGAGGAUUGAAGAUAGCCUGCGGGGAUUGGCAGAACACGAGAGAAGUUUUAGAAGCGGAGUGCUUCUCGACACUUCUCAAGUGUUCUGCCAAUGCCCAAGUGCUUUAUAACUCCAUACAGCACAGCACGUUUUUUUAUUUCUUUUAUAAAAUGCAAAGGGAGCGCGCUUGCUGUGUGCUCUCAUAAAGCACGCACUCUCAACCAAUCAGAAUGCGACAUUUAUUACAGUCAUUUUAAAAUUGCUUUCAA